ACAGCAUCUAAAACUGACCUGUUGAAUCGUCUGCAGUCAGUAAAGAGCAGAGAACUGAGCUGUGAUUAUUCACUAAACUCUGACCCGUCCGCCCGCUCUCCAAUGAGUGACACAUAUGAUAUAUCCCAUUUAAUUCCUGUACCAACACAGCCGUCCAUAACAGAGAAAUCUACUGCAGUUUCUUCAGUUUCCUCCACACUCGUCACCACAAAAGGCCCAACAACUAGGUCACCUGUAGUUCCCAGUUCGUCUAUUGUGACCAAAAUGCCCGCUAUAGCCACAGCUUCAUCUGCACCUCUCCCAGUCUCUAAGACAGCAAUGCCUUCAUCCACUGCUGGAACAACUCAAACUACCUAUCGCCAUGAUGAUUACAGAUCAUCACAACCACAGAGUUCCACAGUUAAGGGAGUUACAGUGAAUGCCACCUCAGAAAAACAUCCUACAGCAGGUUCAACAGUGCCUGAUAAGCCUUUUACUUUCAGAACACCGCUUGUCGUAGUGCUGUCAGUAAUCAGUGCCAGUGCUGUACUGGUUGGAGUGGUCAUCUUUCUCUGCAAAAAGCAGAGGGCUGCCAGGUUAGAAACUCUCAGACGUAAAGUCAGUUCAGCCAGUGGAGAUCAGGGAGACAUGAUGGCCAUGCUCAGUGUGGAGGAAUGCCGUCCAGGAGCUGCCGGAACCUACUCACUGAUUACCACAGUGGCCGCACCCUCCCAGCCAUCAGGAAGUACGAUACCCAUUCAAAAUUGGGAUGAUUAUGAUCCACAAGCUGAGACCUACUCCGAGAUCACCUCAAUAGCAGCUCCGCUUGAGCCCCCAGGUCCCAGUAAAAAGGGAAAAGAAAACUCUAAGAAGGCUGAGAGUGAUGUGUAUCACACAUACUGCACCAUCCCUGACCUCCCUGUGGCCUCCAAACAGAAAGAUUCAGUCUACAGCCUGAUACAGACGCCCUGAUACUUUUACUCACUGUCUUAUAUAUUUCACAGUAUUAUAACUCCAGAAUUAACAUUAUCUAUAACUUGUUACUUGUUAUUAUAAUUAAUUAUAUAUAAUAAUUAUAUAUUAUUUUGCACUUGUAUAAAAUGUGUUGGCAUGUCUUAGCCAGAACUUCUUUAGAUAUGCUGUUAGUGAUACUAGAAAAGAACAAAACAACCAACAAAACAGUCGAAAUAAGUAAAAUAAAGUGCACUACAGUUUACAUUCUAUCUGCAUUGUUUUACUCAAACUUCCUAAACAUGUUUGACAAGCAUUAAAUUCAUUUUUACUAGUUAUUUCAAGGAGAUUUUGGAGGUACCUGGACCACUUCAACAGUAAGUCAGAGAGAGAGAGAACUUGAGUUCAGAAGGUGCACAUUCAGCUUUCAGUCAGACCACAGCCUUGAACAUGCACAUUUACCCAGUUCCACCCAAUAGCAACCACUUUCACACGUCUAUGGUAAACUUACUGACACGUAUCUUGUGAUGCUUGGUGAAGUGUUUUUUCUAAUACAGUCUG